AAGAACAGCCAUAAUAACAGCCAUUUAUCUACCAGACUGCCAUUAUCACAAUGCUCGAUAUCAGCAACGGAAACAGUGAAUGCGCAGUAUUCGCCAAUAAAUAUGCCUGUGUCAAAUACUGCUCAUCCACUGCAGUUGCCGGUAACACCGGAAAUAGGAAGAUCAGUAAGCAUGUUAGAAUCGAUUAAACAUGCACAAAGACCGUUUAAAGCAUUCCCGAAAGAUCCUCUAGCCUUGAACACAGCUAACAAGAGCUUCUCCGAUAAAUCCUCCGAUAUAUACAAGAACUACCGAAAUGCAGUAAUGGAGCAAGUCAAACAUACAGAAAAUGAAGGUACGAAUAGUAAAAUGCGCAGAAUUUCCAAUAGAUCCGGAUCACCUACUAGCACCAUUAAAGAUCAAAAAGAUGAAGAGAAAACCCGUGCCUAUUUGGAAAGAAGAAGAAAGAAUAACGAAGCGGCAAAACGUUCUCGAGACGCGCGACGAGCCAAAGAAGACGAGAUUGCCAUUAGAGCAGCUUUUCUUCAACAAGAGAACACAGCGCUCAAAAAUGCUAUGAACGACGUUCUCAACAAGUAUAAAGACACAGCUAUUCACCCGGAUUUAAUUGAAAUAGUAAAUAAACAUUACCAUGGACAAAGUUUAACAUCAGUAUUUGAGUGAUGUUAAAUAGAAUCUUGUUAAUUUUAUUUAAUAACACAUAUUCAUUCUUAAUAUAUCCAUAGAUAUUCACAUUGCAAAAUCUGAUCAGAUAAUCAAACAUUUAAAUAUCCAAAUAUCAGUUCACAUCUAGAUUCAAUUUCAUCUUUAUAAUCUAUAAUUAAUUAUUAAAUAUUUUAACGUUUAGUCUUACUUCUUAAAGCUAUUUAAUGACUGUGUU